GGGUGAUUCCGGAGGGCCACGCUGGGCUGUCUGCGCGGGCGGGGGCGGGAUGUGUCUGGAGGAGGCAGAGCGCCCUCUCCCGGUCCCGGAGGGCCCACGCGGCCCGGCUGAGCGUCCCACCAGCCGGUUCUGCAUUCACUCCCCAGAUCUGCGCGCCCUGGUGGGAGCACUGCAGCCCCUGGUCGGCCCUCCGAACGCCAGGCGUCUACCGGCGGAGACCAGCGCAGGAGGCGGGCCCGCGCGCAAGGAGGCGGGCGACAGGGUGGAGUCGCCGCAGCUGGCAGCCGCACGGCUCCACCUGUUGCCGCGUCGGAGCGUGCCCGCCUGAGAAGGCAGAGCGCGGUGCGGACCUGUGCUCCCCGCGCCGGCCGGCAGGGCAGGGCCGCGGCUGCCAGGAGGCCCGGGAACAGUCCCGACGGAGCGGCGCCGAGAGGGCGCUCCCCGGAAGCCUGUCCGCGCAACGGAUGCGCAGCGUUGGGGCCCGGCGGGAGGUCGGAGCCCGCGGACGCCGCUCAGUACAGUCCCUCUCUCCUUGCGUCCACCCUGGACCCGCUCCAUCCCUAAGCCCCAGUAGCCGAUUCGGUGACUCGGGAGGCCACAGGCUCAGCGCGACACCACGACCACAACUAGGACGCACCACCGUCGGUCUACCUGGGGAGGCACCUACAAAGCCAGCAGACUGACGCCCGCGUCUUAGCCGUCUGUGGCCUGCGAAGCGAUAGUCAAAGGAACCAGGACCCCGUGGCUCUGCUUACCCGCCGACCUCCGGACCCCCUCGACCUUCUCUUCGGGGGAAACUCGACUUCGCUCGAGCUUGCCCUGAAGACGCGCCACGCCCCCUCCCCUACCUAAGCCAGACAGGGAGCAGGGAUGGAAACGGCGUCCGCAACCCAGCGCCAAGCAGACGUGGACUCUGCGCCGGCUCCCCGGGACCUUCGGCGUUAAGGAGAACUCCGAGGAGAGCGGGGGGAGUGGAGGGGAACGGCGGCGACAAAGCGGAUUUGAAACUAGGCGUCAAGGAGGACGUGGGGAGCUGGCGCCGCAGGAGCUACCAAGGCGGCGGCCGGGGGAGCCUCGCGGCCUGCGGGAGCUCCCGGCGGUCAUGGGCGAGUCGGCGGUGGGGCGCCCGGGAGCCGGCUGAGCGCCGGGGCCGUUAUUUCCCAGGGGAGUGGGCGAGACUCCGCUGGCGCCGGGUGCCCUGGGCCUGGGGGCCGCCCCUGAGGGCCCGGCCAUGGCCGGUCGAGGUUUCAGCUGGGGCCCGGGCCACCUGAACGAGGACAACGCGCGCUUUCUGCUGCUGGCCGCGCUCAUCGUGUUCUACCUGCUGGGCGGCGCCGCCGUCUUCUCCGCGCUGGAGCUGGCGCACGAGCGCCAGGCCAAGCAGCGCUGGGAGGAGCGCCUGGCCAACUUCAGCCGCGGCCACAACCUGAGCCGCGACGAGCUGCGCGGCUUCCUCCGCCACUACGAGGAGGCCACUCGGGCCGGCAUCCGCGUGGACAACGUCCGCCCGCGUUGGGACUUCACCGGCGCCUUCUACUUCGUGGGCACCGUCGUGUCCACCAUAGGGUUUGGGAUGACAACUCCAGCAACAGUAGGUGGAAAAAUCUUUCUUAUCUUUUAUGGCCUUGUUGGGUGUUCCAGCACCAUCUUGUUCUUCAACCUCUUCCUGGAGCGCCUGAUCACCGUCAUCGCCUACAUCAUGAAGUCGUGCCACCAGCGGCAGCUCCGGAGACGAGGGGCCCUGCCCCAGGAGAGCCUGAAGGAUGCGGGGCAGUGCGAGGUGGAUAGCCUGGCCGGCUGGAAGCCCUCCGUGUACUACGUCAUGCUGAUCCUAUGCACAGCCUCCAUCCUCAUCUCCUGCUGCGCCUCGGCCAUGUACACCCCCAUUGAAGGCUGGAGCUACUUUGACUCACUCUACUUCUGUUUCGUGGCUUUCAGCACCAUCGGCUUUGGAGACCUGGUCAGCAGCCAGAACGCCCACUAUGAGAGCCAAAGCCUCUAUCGCUUUGCCAACUUCGUCUUCAUCCUCAUGGGUGUCUGCUGCAUCUAUUCCUUGUUCAAUGUCAUCUCUAUCCUCAUCAAACAGUCCUUGAACUGGAUCCUGAGGAAAAUGGACAGCGGAUGCUGCCCGCAAUGCCAGAGAGGACUCUUGCGAUCACGCAGGAACGUGGUGAUGCCAGGCAGCAUCCGGAACCGCUGCAACAUCUCCAUAGAGACAGACGGAGUGGCAGAGAGUGACACAGAUGGGCGCCGGCUCUCAGGAGAGAUGAUCUCCAUGAAGGACUUGCUGGCAGCCAACAAGGCCUCGCUGGCCAUCCUGCAGAAGCAACUGUCUGAGAUGGCCAAUGGCUGCCCCCACCAGACCAGCACGCUGGCCCGGGACAAUGAAUUCUCAGGGGGCGUGGGAGCCUUUGCAAUCAUGAACAACAGGUUAGCAGAGACCAGCGGGGACAGGUAGAAGCCAGGAGUGGAGGCUGGGCAGAGGCCAGAGUAGGAUGGAGGAUGACUGCCGCCCAGGGGACGAGCUCAGCCCCAUGCCUUGGCUUUAUUCCUUCUGGGAGCUGUUCCUGGGAGCUUCCGCAAGCCCAUCUUUAGAAAUCGGAUCUGGGUUCUAACCAACAGCCACCUUCCAGGGAUCGGGGGCCUGAAGCCUCAAUGCUUGUCUCCUGAUCCUUAUUCUUUAAGUCUAAAUUCAGUCUUUUCAAAAUAAAUCACAAAAGCAGCAUUA